AGGCACCCCAAAGCCCCAAACACACAACGAGCAUGCACAUAUAAAGCUCCAGCCUUCACGUACCCUACACACAGCGCCAGCCUAAUGGCCGGAGCACGUAAGCUCGACGAUCUCUUGCAUCACCUGCACCGGUGCUCGGCGGCUGUGCUCGACGGGGCCAUGUCACUCCUGUACUCGCUCUCCAAGGCCUACGCGCAGCACCAGGUAACGGAGCGCGUGGCGCGGUCGCGGCGCACGCUCCGGUGCAGCGCCAGGCAGGUGUGGCGCAGCGCGGUGACCGCGCGCCUCAACUCGCUCAUCGUCCACGUCGUCUACUUCGUCGCCAUCUCGUGCGUCGGGUACGGGCUCCUCGAGGCGCUCAAGGUGCGAGCGCCCGACCGGAGGCCCCGCAGCAUCGACAUGUUCUUCACCGCCGUGUCGGCCGCGACGGUGUCGAGCAUGUCCACCGUCGAGAUGGAGGUGUUCUCCAACGGCCAGCUCCUGGUCCUCAUGGCGCUUAUGUUCAUCGGAGGGGAGGUGUUCGUGUCGCUCGUUGGCCUCGCCUCCAAAUGGAUCAAGCUGAGGAAGCAAACCAUAAACAGAGCCCGGCGCGUCGAGAGCCACAACGACAUCGAGCUCGAGAGGCCGGCGACCGCCGGCACUGAAGCCGCUGAGACUGACGACUCGAUGUCGAUAGCUACAGUCACCGAAGACAGCAGCCCUAUGGACGCGAAGAGGCUGCGGCACAAUGCGGUGCGCUCGCUGUUCUACAUCGUCCUCGUCAUCCUCCUGAUGGUGCACGUCAUCGGCGCGGUCGCCAUCGCGGCGUACAUCUACGCGGCGCCGGGUGUGAGGCAGACGCUGAGGCGCAAGGCCCUGAACGUGUGGAUCUUCGCAGUGUUCACGACGGUGUCGACGUUCUCGAGCUGCGGGUACAUGCCGACGAACGAGAACAUGAUGGUGUUCAGCCGGGACGUGCCGCUGCAGCUGCUGCUCGUGCCGCAGGCGCUGGUGGGCAACACGCUGUUCCCGCCGCUGCUGGCCGCGUGCGUGUGGGCAGCGGCCGCGGCCACGCGGCGGGAGGAGCUCAGGGAGCUGGCAAGGAAGGGCAGGGAGGCGACGGGGUACUACCACCUGCUCCCGGCGCGGCGGUGCUGGAUGCUGGCCGCGACGGUGGCCGGGUUCAUCGCCGUGCAGGUGGCGAUGGUGUGCGCGAUGGAGUGGGGCGGCGCGCUGCGUGGGUUGAGCGCGGGGGAGAAGGUGGUGAACGCGCUGUUUCUUGCCGUGAACUCCCGGCACACAGGCGAGUCGACCGUCGACCUCUCCACCAUCGCGCCGGCCAUCCUCGUGCUCUUCGUCAUCAUGAUGUAUCUUCCUCCAUAUACUACAUGGUUUCCAUUUGAAGAGAAUUCCACCACAGGAGAUCAUCCCACAGACAGCCGGGGAAUAAGAUGGCUCAAGAGCACAGUUUUGUCACAACUCUCCUACCUGACCAUCUUUGUCAUUGCCAUCUGCAUCACCGAGAGGAGAAAGCUCAAGGAAGAUCCCCUCAACUUCAAUGUGCUCAGCAUUAUUGUCGAAGUCGUCAGUGCUUAUGGAAAUGUGGGGUUCUCAUUGGGCUACAGUUGCAGUAGGCAGAUCAAUCCGGACGAGCUCUGCGUAGAUCGAUGGACUGGUUUCGCAGGGAGGUGGAGUGACUCUGGCAAACUCAUACUCAUUCUUGUGAUGUUCUUCGGGAGGCUUAAGAGGUUCAGCAUGAAAGGAGGCAAAGCCUGGAAGCUUAGUUAGAUGCAGCACCUGGUACAUUCAGGCUCUUGCGGUUAUGGAGUCUGAUGAAGAAUUCAUUAAAACCGCAAAACAAAAAGAGAUGUCUUCCGUUCU